AUCAAAAUGAAAAAUGUGUAUAUGAUCGUGUUGCAGAAGUUUGAGAUAAAUUAGGGUUUUCUUUUUCUAUAUGUAUAGCCAUCCGUUUGGGUUGAGAAUGGACUCUCUAACAAUAAUGAAUCUAGAAUUUGAACUUCAUUCAUAUUCCUUUCUUUGUUUGUCGAUAGAAUAGAUAAAUUAGAGUUGGCUAUUAUUUGUUUAAAAAAGAAGUUUAUUUGUAGCCAUGUGUUAGCAUCAUCCAUGUCGCACCGUAAUCAUUACUCUAUGCUCAACAUACUUUUUGACAAGUGCAUGUUCUUACAAAGAAACAAUGACGAGAUUGUCUUGGAUUUUAACCCAACCAUAGGAACCAAAAUUGCACAAUUUAAGAUAUCACGUGUUCAUCAAACCUCCGUUGCUCGGACUCGCCUGAACGGCUGCCACACACAGGAUAUGUGUCCGAUCCUUCCGAAACUGGUAUUAGGUUUUGAAGAAGAAGCGGUGGCGGUGGCCGAUCAGAAGAAAAAAGUUAAAGCUGUACGGCUGACAAAAGAGAGGAGAAGAAGAAGAACCAGCGGCGGCGGGGAAGAAAUGAAGAAAAGAAACUAGGGCACAGUUGUAUGGGCUGAGUGUUUAUGGGCAUUUUUAACCUAAUAUUUGGGUUUUUAAUUAGAUAAUAAGAUAUUAGCCCAAAUAAAUUUGUUUAAUAAAAAUUGAGUUAAUUGCUCAAAA